ACCGAUUAUAUAAGGCCUCCCACGACCUCCAUUGCCGACCUCUGUCGUUUGAAAUUCUUCGCAGUUCUCUUCAUUUCUUAAUCCUCCGUUGCCGAUAAGACAUUUUCGAUGGCGCUACCGAAUCAGGCGACCGUAGACUACCCUAGUUUCAAGCUAGUAAUAGUCGGAGAUGGUGGAACAGGGAAGACGACCUUUGUUAAACGCCAUCUUACUGGAGAGUUCGAGAAGAAAUAUGAACCGACAAUUGGAGUUGAAGUUCAUCCACUGGACUUCUUUACGAACUAUGGAAAGAUAAGGUUUUAUUGCUGGGACACUGCUGGUCAGGAGAAGUUUGGUGGACUUAGAGAUGGUUACUAUAUUCAUGGGCAGUGUGCCAUCAUCAUGUUUGAUGUCACUGCUCGUUUAACAUACAAGAAUGUACCAACAUGGCACCGUGAUCUCUGCAGGGUUUGCGAGAACAUACCCAUUGUGUUGUGUGGAAACAAGGUCGAUGUGAAAAACAGGCAGGUUAAGGCAAAGCAGGUGACCUUCCACAGGAAGAAAAAUCUCCAGUACUACGAAAUUUCUGCAAAAAGUAAUUACAACUUCGAGAAGCCCUUCUUGUACCUUGCCAGAAAGCUUGCUGGGAAUACCGAACUCCAAUUUGUAGAAUCACCUGCCCUUGCUCCUCCUGAAGUUCAAAUUGACUUGGCCGCACAAGCACAGCACGAAGCAGAGUUGGUACUUGCUGCUGCACAACCUCUUCCUGAUGAAGAUGACGAUGCCUUUGAGUAAUACAUUUAUACAAGAAGUCUGGCUUUUGGCUCUGGUUUGUAGGGUUUAUAUGGUGUUUGUGGUCAUCUGGAAUUUGGAAAGCUGACCUACUUGGUUCUCUUCUUUAUUGAGGUCGGUUGUUGGUUGUGUAAUUCUCUCUGUGAUGUGUCAUUGUAGCUUUGAUUUCACCUAUUUACUGUUAUCGAUUCAAAUUUUGGUAAAUCAAUACCAUUUGCAGUCUCUCUUGUUUAAACGUUA